ACUGGAAUAUUUUGGAGUUUGGAAUACAAAUUCCUUUAGCCUUUUCUUCCAAAUCGGUGGAGUGGGGAACCUUCCAAAUUUAAGCCUGUGUUUUAAAGCAAUGAUCCAAGGUGCUGAGGCUUACCAUCAUUCAAAGCAAGGUCAGUACUUUGGGUAGCUCACCAUACUAGAACCCAGAGCAGAUGCACCACUCCAUUAACCUGGAAGAUAAGCAACCAUCCUAUGCUUUCCAGAAAGCUUUUAAAGAAUAUAUUCCCAGGGGAGCUGGGAAACUGCACCGGAUUAAUAUAAAACCUUAAGAUUUGCCAACGUCUUCUCUUCUUCUCCAAGGUCUCAGGUCCCACCAAUACCUCCAAAGAGACCAGAAAAGCAGCCGCCACUGGUUCACAGGAAUGAUGACGCCGAAGAAGAGGAGGAGGAGGACCAGUAUACCUAUGAAAUCCCCCCAAGUAAAGGACAAGGCAAGACAUUGGCUUCUGCCAGGCAGCAAGAAACUCCAGAUAACUUAUAUCUUGGUAAGACCAUUGGGAGACCUGGAUCUGGAUCUGGCGAGGGAAUGAUCCUAGCGGUUGGAUGCUGGAGAGAAAUCUCUCCAGGCCUUGGAUGCCUGAAGUCAGUUCUACCAGAAGAACAUAGGAGGAACUCAAGCCCUUCUGUCCAGGCAUCUCUUUGUCAGGGUUUCCUGAUGCUUAGAAGCCCACUUUUCAUCUGUGGGCUUCUAAGAGAGAAAGAGAGAAAGUCUUCCCCUUCCCUGUAGACACAGGCAAAAGCAAACUGUUGCAGCAUCUACUAGCUUCUCUGUUCUUCCUCAUUAAUACAAAUUGCCACCUUGCCCACAUUUUGCUCAGCCACAUGUAUGCUGGUUCCCUCUCUAACAUUGUUAGUGACCAAGGCUCCAGUUUGGAUGCCAACUCUGCUUGUUUCUCUGCCUUUAGAUCGCCCGGCCCUAAGACGCUUCUCUGAACCAAACAACCUCCUGCAGCCUAGGACCCAAAUGUUUCUGUCAAACUCUGGGGCCGAUGGAGGCAAUGAUGAAGAAGCGUUCAAUUUCCAAGCUAUAGAGAGAGCUUUGAAAAAAGGGAUGAUGAAAGCCCCGCUGGGACCGCCGCUUCCUAUCUCAGCUCGCCGAGUGUCUCUCCCAGUCCUACCCGCCACUGGACCCCAAACAAAUGCUGCCGCAAACAGAGAUCCUUUUCUGUCCCUGAAAGACGACAAGGAGGAGUCCCAGGAAGAGUCGAUUUAUGUGGAGUGUGAGCCCAGCACCGCCUCGCUGCCCUGCAGAGCAUUUCCCACUCCGCCGGCUCGCCCUUUGAAGAAACUCAAGCCAAAGAUCUCCCCACCUGGAGCCCAGCAGAUACUCACAGAGAACUCACCCGAUGGGAGCUGUCCAAAGAGUGGAUCCUUGCCAGAGGAUUGUGGCAUGCAAAACAAGGCCUGGUAUGCAGGCAGAUGUGACCGACAUACAGCUGAGGCUGCCCUUCUCCAUUAUAAUAAGGAUAGCGCUUACCUGGUGAGACGGAGCUCGCGACACGGCUGGAACCAGCCCUUCACUUUGGCUGUCCUUUACAAGAGCCACGUCUACAACAUCCCCAUCCGCUACAUAGAGAGCAGCCAUCAGUACACACUUGGGAAGGAUGGCAAGAGCCAUGAGGAGCUCUUUGACAGCGUCGCCAGCAUCAUCCAGAACUACACAGAGCAUCCCUUGGUUUUGAUCGAUGGCAGCACUUCCGCCAAGGAGCAGACUUGUCUGGUGUUUCCAGUGAAACCAUGACACAACUGGAGGAACCGUGAUGGAGGAAUGGACGUUACUCCAAGACUUGAGGGAUCUAACAGCUUCAUUUUCUGGCAGGAUUUGGCCGAAGCGUCGAAAUUCAGUGUGGUUCUCCUGAUGUUUUGCAGAGGUUCUUUGUACGCAGUUCAUGUUUAAAAUGUCCUUCUGGAAGCCAAGGGCACAGAAUGCUUGAUCUCCAAUGUUAUUCUCUUGGAAUGGAAAAGCAAAUGAACUUCAGGCAUGGAAGAUGACUGGAGAGAGAGAUUUAAAGUCUAAACACAAAAUUCAUAUAUGUUUCGUACACAUGGUUUUAAAUGUUUUAGCUUUUUCUGUCAUUGUAACCCGGUGGUUUAUUUCAUAUGCUUUCAUCCUAUUUCAGAUACGCUUUUCCUUCUGUCUGGACAGGUUUCAAACUGUUUAUAUGCUGAUCUCACAGCAGAGGGGCAGGAUUGAAAUAUUGUAAUGAAUGCAUGCAU